AAACAGAACAAAUACAAACUGACUAAGCUUUGAAUUCCUUUCAGCGGUACAUGACGCUGUCGCAAUUCGUCCAUAAGCUAAUAGUUUCUUGCAAACCUUUUUCCGCGGACAUAAGCUUAAUAACUUGCUCUAAUGAUCGCACGUUCGACUACAUUUAUUUAGAAUUUUCUACAAUCACAUGUAAACCCCGUUUUAAGUAUUUACUUAACAAAUUCCCCAAUAUUUAAAUAAUGCAUUGAAAGUUGCUGAGAAACGACAUAUAUUUUAAACCUAACACAAAAUUUGUUUUUUAACAUUUCAGGAGUCAUGGAGGACAAAGAAACAAAUCCUAUCAAAUGUUACAUCCACUCACUAUCGCCUGUUAAAAACUCAAGCUCGAAAAGGAAGUUCUUCAAUUGUUGGAUACAGAAAGAAAAAGAGAUUGAACGUGUAGUGUGUUUUGACGCACGAAAACACGAUGAACUUGACACCUUAAAGAAAACAAAAUCAGCCAUCAAUCUUCACCCUUACAGAAAAAGCUCCACAGGGGAAAUCAUCCUUGAUGACAAAUCAAAAUUUAGCCCUGUACAAGAUGUAGGAUUUGACUACAUAGACCCUGUGAUGCCUAAUGAUGUUGUUUCAAUUGCCAAGCUUGUAGACGUAGCCUCUGAACAGUUGGUAAAAGUAAAAGCACAAGUGCUUAGUAUUUCUGGUCCCAAAGUCAUAAAUACACAACAUCAAGGGACAUUAAGAAAGCAAGAUGUCACCUUAAGAGACACAGCAACUUCCAUAAAAUUGGUACUCUGGGACCACUAUGUAGACUCCUUGGAAGCCAACAAAACUUACCUCUUUGAGAAUGUCAAGCUGAAGUCCAACCGAUAUGGUCGCUAUUUGAAUACAGCCAAAGAUGCAGAGUUUAGGUUCAGCCUUACAGAACCCUUUGAGCAAGAUUUGGCUGAGGUUGAAGAUGCAGUAGUACAAAAUGAUACAAUCACUGGUAAAAUAAUUGGCAUAAAUCAAAUCACACACAAAAUAGCAUGUGUUUCCUGUAACAAGAAAGUUGUCCCAUGUCCAGACAACUCCACACUAUUUGGAACAUGUGAAGAAUGUAAAACAUGGCAGAAUCUUGACUUUUGUGACAGACAAUGGAUGGUAAGGGUUAUAGUUGCAAGUUCAAAUGACUCAACAGUUAAACGACGCUUGGUUAUGUAUAACCAACAACUCAUGAUGCUUGGAACUGAAACUGAUUCAUUAAUGAAUCUCAGAUCCAUCACAGAAGGUGAACUGAAAAUGCAGUUGAGCACAACACAACCUCUAACAUUUUCAUAUGAAAUGGACACUCAGCUAGUUACAGACAUUUCCACCUUAUAAAGUUGAUACUAUUUUAUAGUAUCUUUGAUUUCAUUAUCAAAAUGUUGAUGUAGAUUAUUAAAUGUAGCACUUAAUAUUUUUGUUACAUACGACUACAAGUUUCACAGCUUUAAUGCUUUACUUAUCAUUUGAGUUUAGAAUGUUCUUGUUGCUGUUAUCUUGUGAUAUUAUCAAAAAAUGAAAGAUAUUAUUUCAUUAUCAAAAUGUUGAUGUAGAUUAUUAAAUCUAACAUUUAAAAUUUUUCUUGCAUACGUGUAUAAGUUUCACAGCUUUAAUGCUUUACUUAUUCAUUUGAGUUUAGAAUGUUCUUGUUGCUGUUAUCUUGAAAUAUUAUCAU